AUGGAUGAGCAAGACUCAGCUGGCCCUGGAGCAGAAAGAGGCCAUGGCAUUGACACUGGGAGCAAUGGGGGAUUCUGGGAAAGCUCCAUGCAGAAGAUCCUGGGUGAGGACAUCCUUUGCUCAGAGGUGCAGAGCCAGCAGUUGAGGCAGUUCUGCUACCAGGAGGCCAAAGGACCCCGUGAGGUUUGCAGCCGGUUCUACUGCCUUGAUCUUCAGUGGCUGAAGCCAGAAAGCCGCACGAAAGCUGAGAUGCUGGACCUGGUGAUAUUGGAGCAGUUCCUGGCUGCCCUUCCACCGGAGAUUGAGAGCUGGGUGAGGGAAUGUGGAGCGGAGACCAGUUCCCAGGCAGUGGCCCUGGCCGAAGGAUUCCUCCUGAGUCAGGCAGAGGAGAGAAGGCAGGUGGAGAAGCAGGGAAAGGAUCUGUUUGCAGAAAUGGGUCCUGAUUCAUCUGAGGCAGAGAGGAUUCCAUUGGUUGCCAGGAAGUGGUCGCUGGGUGACAGAAGGAUGCCAGCAAGAUCUCCUCAUCCUUCUUUCCAUGGUGGCAAAGUGCAAGUAGUGGCUGUGGAGCCAGAUCAGAGUUCAUUGUGCUUUGAAGAUGUAGCUGUUCAUUUCAUGGAGGAGGAGUGGGCAUUGCUGGAUCCUGACCAGAGAGCACUGCAUAAGGAAGUCAUGGGGGAGAAUCGUGGGAUCAUAGACUCUCUUGGUGUUGAUAAUUUGGAGAUUAAGAACAAAGGGGACAACGCCAAAAUCCAGAAAGUGGAAAUGCCACAUACACAUUUGGAGUGGGCUGAGAGCUCCCAUUCCACUUCCCAUAAAAGAAACCCAAUUGAGAAGAAACCAUAUCAGUGCUUGGAAUGUUCAAAGAGUUUCAGUCAAAGGGCAAAGCUCACUUCCCAUCAAAGAAUUCACACAGGGGAGAAACCCUAUCAGUGUUUGGAAUGUGGACAAAGGUUCAGCCGGAAGGAUAGUCUCACUUCCCAUCAAAGAAUUCAUACAGGGGAAGAGCCAUAUCAGUGCUUAGAAUGUGGUAAGAGCUUCAGUCAGAGAGCCCAUCUCACUGCCCAUCAAAGAAUUCAUACAGGGGAGAAACCAUAUCAGUGUCUGGAAUGUGGAAAGAGCUUCACCUGGAAGGUAAAUCUCACAGCCCAUCAAAUAAUUCAUACAGGGGAGAAACCAUAUCAGUGCUCAGAAUGUGGAAAAAGCUUUAGUGGGAGGACCAAUUUUGUUGCCCAUCAAAGAAUUCAUACAGGAGAGAAACCGUAUCAGUGCUCCGAAUGUGGAAAGAGCUUCAUCUGGAAGAAAAAUUUCACUUACCAUCAAAGAAUUCAUACAGGAGAGAAACCAUAUCAGUGCUCCGAAUGUGGAAAGAGCUUCAGUGUGGGGGCCAAUCUCAUAGCCCAUCAAAGAAUUCAUACAGGAGAGAAACCAUAUCAGUGCUUAGAAUGUGGAAAGAGGUUCAGUGCAAGGACUAAUCUCGUGGCCCAUCAAAGAAUUCAUACGGGAGAGAACCCAUAUCAGUGCUUGGAAUGUGGAAAGAAGUUCAGUCGGAAGGAAAGUCUCACUUCCCAUCAAAUAAUUCAUACAGGGAAGAAACCCUAUCAGUGCUCUGAAUGUGGAAAGAGCUUCACUCAGAAGAAAAGUUUCACUUCCCAUCAAAGAAUUCAUACAGGGGAGAAAGUAAAUCAGUGUUUGGAAUGUGGAAAGAGCUUCACUGAGAAGCAAAGUCUCACCUUACACCUAAGAAUUCAUAUUGGGGAGAAACCAUAUCAGUGCUUGGAAUGUGGAAAGAGUUUCACUCAGAAGGGAAGUCUCACUUUACAUCAAAGAAUUCAUACAGGGGAGAAACCAUAUCAGUGCUUGGAAUGUGGAAAGAGUUUCACUCAGAAGGGAGGUCUCACUUCCCAUCAAAGAAUUCAUACAGGGGAGAAACCAUAUCAGUGCUUGGAAUGUGGAGAGGGCUUCACUUACAAGGAAAGUCUUACUUCCCAUCAAAGAAUUCAUACAGGGAAGAAACCUUAUCAGUGUUUGGAAUGUAGAAAGAGCUUCAGUCAAAUCUCCUCUCUCAAUUCCCAUCAAAGAAUUCAUACUGGAAAGAAACCAUAUCAGUGCUUUGAAUGUGGAAAGAGCUUCAACACGAGGGGCCAUCUUAAUUCCCAUCAAAGAAUUCAUACAGGGGAGAAACUGUAUCAGUGCUUGGAAUGUGGAAAGAGCUUCACUUGGAAGAGUAAUCUCACUUCCCAUCAAAGAAUUCAUACAGGGGAGAAACCGUAUCAGUGUUUGGACUGUGGAAAGAGCUUCACCCACAAGGAAAGUCUAACUUCCCAUCAAAGAGUUCAUACUGGGAAGAAACCAUAUCAGUGUUCUGAAUGUGGAAAGCGCUUUACUCAGCAGGAAAGUCUCACUUCCCAUCAAAGAAUUCAUACAGGGAAGAAACCGUAUCAGUGCACUGAAUGUGGAAAGAGCUUCACUUGGAAGAAAAGUUUCACUUCACAUCAAAAAAUUCAUACAGGGUAGAAACCAUAUCUGUGCAUCAAAUGUGGAAAGAAAUUCAGUGGUAGCUGUCAUCUCACUUCCCAUCAGAUGAUUAAUACAGGGAAGAAACCAUAUCAGUUUUUUGAAUGUGGAAAGAAAUUACCUGGAAGAAAAGUUUCACUUCCUAUCAA